UUUAAUUUCAUCACUUCAUAUUAGAUUUUUAGAAUAUGAAAGUUUUAGAGAUAAUCACAUGUCAAUUGAAAAACAAUUAUCACAAAUUAUUAAUUCACAAAAAAAUCUUGAAAAAAUUAUUUUUUCUCAUGAUAUUAAUAAAUAUACUUCACGUGUUUCAGGUAAUAGUAUACGAUUAUAUAAUAUCAUAGGUGAUUCUAAUAGUUCAAAACCUUUAAAGAUAAUUAUAUUUUAUAGAAUUGAUUUUAGGAAUAUAUUACAUAUAAAAAAGGCAUUUGAACAAUUAUAUGUUUUAGAAUCUAUUCAUAUACUUGAGUGUCUUAUUUUUAAUUCUAAUUUUAUUCAACAAAUCAUUGAUCUUGACAAACCAUUAAAAUUAAUAUCUUUGUUUAUAAUGAAUGAAAAUGAUCAAAGAUCUUUGUUUAUGAGUGAUGAAGAUAGAAAUUUACAAAUUGAAUCAAUGCAAUUAUUAUUUCAAAAAUCUGGGGAAUAUUUAGAAAAUAUUGGAAUUGAUUCAUAUGUAAAUGAUGUAUUAAAAUGCAGAGCAUUAGAAUUUAUUAAUAAUUAUUGUGAGAGAAUUAAAUUUUUUGAUAUACAUAUGUCUAAUAUUCAGAAAGUUCAUAUUGUAUUAGAUUCAGUCAAAAUUUUCGGACAAAACCUUAAUUAUUUUUCUAUAGGUGUUUUUAUUCAUCAUGAAAAAAAUGAAUCUAUAAUAGAAAUGUUAUUAAAAUUAGCACAGGUUCUUCCUUGUAAGUUAGAAUAUUUGGAGCUAUAUUUUACUGGUACUCCGAUUGUAAAAAAUGUCUGGGAAUUUUAAAAAGUUUAAAGCAUAUUUUCAUUAAGAAAUUAUUAUUUAAUAUUAAUAAUUUACUCGAUGAUAUUUUACCAUAUAUAAAGGAAUAUAUUAUGAAAGAGAAAAAGGCUGAAUAUUUAGCUAUUGUAGGAUAUAUAUGACAGAUGAAUUUAAGGAAUUUGAAUCAUAUAACAUUAAGGUUAAAGGAUAU